CAUGAAUGAACCAGUAUUGCUACACUAAUAUGCUAUAAAUAUGGGUAGAAUGACCAUAAGAUUACACCUCAGUUGGAACCAUGGCAUCUCUUUCAACUUCCACUGCCUGCACUUCUGCCACCACCCUUUCCAGUUUGCACUACUCUCCUUUCCUAGCCAAGACCUUUCACAUUUCCGCGACCAAAAAACGUAACCAUCAUUUCAAGGUUUCUUGCCAAGCCACAAAUGGAGAAAGAAAUGCAUCUAGGAGAAAUGUACUCAUCGGUUUAGGUGGGCUAUAUGGUGCGGCUAGUCUUGCCGCUGAUCCCUUUGCCCUCGCAGCCCCAAUACAAGGCCCUGAUGUCUCGAAAUGCGGCCCAGCCGACUUGCCCUCCGGCGCUGCACCAACCAAUUGCUGCCCUCCGCCGGCAACCACCAUUGUGGAUUUCAAGCUUCCUGCACCAUCUAAUACUCUACGCGUUAGACCAGCUGCUCAUCUUGUUGAUGAAGCAUACAUAGCAAAGUUUCAGAGGGCAGUACAACUCAUGAAAGCCCUUCCUGAUGAUGAUCCCAGAAGUUUCAAACAACAGGCAAAUGUUCACUGUGCUUAUUGUGAUGGAGCCUAUGAUCAAGUUGGAUUCCCAAAUCUUGAGCUUCAAGUUCACAACUCUUGGCUUUUCCUUCCAUUUCAUCGGUACUAUUUGUACUUCUACGAGAGAAUCUUGGGAAAGUUGAUCAACGAUCCAACUUUUGCCAUGCCAUUUUGGAACUGGGAUGCUCAAGGUGGAAUGCGUCUGCCUGAUAUAUACACUGACCCUACUUCUCCACUCUAUGAUACUCUUCGCGACGGCAGCCACCAGCCUCCAACAAUGAUAGACUUGGAUUUCAAUGGAACCGAUUCCAACAUCUCUGAUAGCCAGCAAUUGUCCCAAAAUUACACUAUCAUGUACCGCCAAAUGGUAUCGAAUUCCAGGACUCCCCGGCUAUUCUUUGGCAGCCCAUAUCGCGCCGGUGAUGAUCCUGAUCCAGGAGCUGGUCAACUUGAAAACAUCCCUCAUGGACCAGUCCACGUGUGGACAGGUGACAGAACUCAGCCUAAUCUAGAGGACAUGGGCAACUUUUACUCGGCCGGUAGAGACCCUAUUUUCUAUGCUCAUCAUUCCAACAUUGAUAGAAUGUGGACUUUGUGGAAAACUUUGGGUGGAAGGCGUCAGGAUAUCACUGACACGGAUUGGCUAAACGCUUCAUUCGUGUUCUAUGAUGAAAAUGCUCAAAUGGUUCGUGUAAGAGUCCGAGAUUGUUUGGACACAACCAAGCUUGGGUAUAGCUAUCAAACUGUGGAUACUCCAUGGUUGAAUUCUCGUCCAACGCCCCGCCUGACAAAGGUAGCGAGGAAAGUCAAGAAACUUGUGGUGGCAAAUGCUGCUGACCAUAGCCAUUCACCUAGAGAUAUCUUCCCAGCAAAGCUGGACAAGAUAAUCAAAGUCAUGGUUAAGAGGCCGAAGAAGAAGAGAAGCAAGAAGGAGAAAGACGAAAAGGAAGAAAUUUUGGUGAUUGAAAAGAUUGAAGUGGAGAGAGAUGCAUUUGCCAAGUUUGACAUAUACAUUAAUGAUGAAGAUGAUCCGAAGAGCACGCCGGAGAAUACCGAGUUUGCUGGAAGCUUUGUGAAUGUUCCUCAUAAGCAUAAGCAUGGGAAGAAGAUCAAGACUCAUCUGAAUCUGUCAUUGACUGAGAUUUUGGAAGAUUUGGAUGCUGAAGAUGAUGAACAUGUGAUGGUGACUUUGGUUCCACGAGUUGGAUUUGAUGCUGUGACCAUUGGUGGAAUCAAGAUUAUUCUUGAUUGAUUUGAUUAAUCACGGAGCUCAUGGCUCAGCCAGGAGCCAAUAAAAGCUGAAGUUUUUUUUUUUUCAAGAUUUUCUUAAUCGUUGCCCUGGCUUGGCUUUUGAUUUCUGCAGAUUCGUCGAUAUAUCCUUCAUGUAAUAGUUGGACUUUGUUUUUCCUGUUUUUGGCACUAUUCCAGAUAAUAACGAAUAAACCUAUCUGAGGCCGUUCAUGGAAGUAAACUCAAAAAUGUUUGCCGA